AUGAGAUCGACCGUUGACAAAUUACAAGGUCAGAUCAAUCAAGUGUCAGAUGAGGUGAGACAACUACGUGAAAGAGGAAAGUGGCCUGCUCAGCUUGAACCAAAUCCAGAAAAUGUCAGUGCCAUCACUAUUUACAGUGACACGAUGAUUGAAUGUUCUUCCCGGCCUAAUAAAAAAAAUACGAGUAUUAUAACCCUUCGUAACGGAAAAGAAUUGGAAGGUCCACCUCCUAUUUCAAAGGAACAAAAUGAGGAUCAAAUUGAGAUGAAGAUUGAAAAAGAAACUGAACUUCACGAAAAGGUACCUCCUAACUCUGUUCCUCCUACUAAAGCUAAAUCAGCUCAUUUUCCUGACAUGUUGAAGAAACCACAUAAGACCGCCUCUCUCUGCCUCUCUCUGCCCCUCUCUCUCUCCUUCUCUUUUUUUCUUCUUUCCUUCAUCUCACCGAACCCAUCGUCCUCCUCUUCUUCUUCUCUGAUACCCCAGCGACGACAGCCACCAAACCAGAAUGCCUCCGUCUCGACUCCGCCGCGAUCCUCCCUCUCUUCUUCCUCCCCACCUUUGCCGAUCGUCUUCUGCACAGACGACGAUCUCCGCCAGUCCGAUGCCCAGUCCGCCCCUGCGCCGGAGUUCCAUACCAGUCGCCGCUUUCGACGCUGGGAUUCCAACCUCCGGCGCGACUCCUCCCCAGUCCAGACCAGUCGCCGUCUCGACUCCGCCGCGAUUCCGCCCUUCGGCGCGACUCCUUCCAGAGUCGCCGUUUUUGCCCGAACCAAGAUGCCCUCCAUCUCCGACGCUGCGAUCCAACCGCCAACUGCCUCUGCCGUGGUCACGCCACCAAGCCGCGUGAGUCCAGCCGCCUCCGUCGUCCAACCAGUGCCUCACUCCGCCGCGCAACAAUCGCGAUUAGGCGGACCGAAUUCACCCUUCUUCCUCGUCCUUCCAACCAGGCCGGCCAAAAAAACGACAAUUUGAGUCCCAACAACUAAAGCAUCCCUGAAAAUGUAGUCGUUAUGGACUUCUCAGACAUAUAGAAGAAGUUGUAAGCAACGAAUAGAUUAGUGAACCUUUCUUACAUUGUAUAUCUUUUUGGCAUCCAAAAGUAUAUAUUAAGACAAUAGGUAUGUAUUCAAUAGGUAUUUUGUAAUUUUUUUUUUGUCUCUAUGAUGUAAUCGGUUGGAUCCACCGACUUAUUUGCAGUAGUAAAUGGUUUGUAGCUCGCUCACGCAGGUAUAUAAUGAAGUUAUGGAGGUUCGUAGAUAUAUUUUGCAGGUAUAUUUUCCAUGUACUGAGGCAUUUGAUGAUGCAGCUCUGUAUUGAUGAAUGGUUAAUAUAAUAUCCAAUUGUUUCCAAGGUAUUUAAAUUCUAAUUUU